AUGUCCGAGGAUGGUGAGCUGAUUUGCGCCGAAGCGGCAUUUCUUCAGGCUGAGCUGAAGGCUGGCAGGUGCACCACUGAGGUGAUCACGGCCAACUUUGAGUCUUCGUCAUACUAUCCUCGUGGUGGGCGCAAAAGACAGAAAAUAACAGCAUUGAAGACUAUGCUGAUCACCCUGACGUACCUGGGCACGCAGUGGUCCAUGAAUGCCAUGGCCGACAAGUUUGGUGUCAGCGAGUCGACGGUGCACGUCACGAUACGCUGCGUAUUGGACUUUCUGCUGUCCAUAAGCGAAAGAAAAACACGCUGGCCUAACGACAAGGAGGCUGCACGAAAUAAGCGUGCGUUUCGCGCACUUGGUCAUUGUGACGGCGUCGAGGCUGGUCUGCCAGACAACAUCGAUGCCAUUGAUGGAUGCCAUGUUUGCAUCACAAGACCCACAGAGUGCGAGGAGGACUACUACAACAGGAAGAGGUUCCACUGCAUCAUUCUCCAGGCUGUUUGUGAUGCCGACAUGGUGUUCACUGACGUAUUCGUUGGCUUCCCAGGCAAAGCACACGACGCCAUGGUGUUGGAGGAGAGCUUUCUAUUCGAAAAGGCAGCGUCGAGAUUCGACA